UCUGGCCGGGGAAGGGAGGCGGCAGAAGGAGCUGCGGCGGGCCCGCUUCGGCCUCUGGUGUGGCCUGGUCUCCCUCGGGUUGGGACUGUGCGCUCAGCCGGGCACCAUGGGGAAGCGGGACAAUCGGGUGGCCUACAUGAACCCAAUAGCAAUGGCCAGAUCAAGGGGUCCAAUCCAGUCUUCAGGGCCAACGAUCCAGGAUUAUCUGAAUCGACCAAGGCCUACCUGGGAAGAAGUGAAAGAGCAACUAGAAAAGAAAAAGAAAGGCUCUAAGGCUUUGGCUGAAUUUGAAGAAAAAAUGAAUGAGAACUGGAAGAAAGAACUAGAAAAACACAGGGAGACAUUGUUAAGUGGAAGUGAGCGCUCAUCCAAAAAAAGACAGAGAAAGAAAAAAGAAAAGAAGAAAUCUGGUAGGUAUUCCUCCUCUUCUUCUUCAUCAAGCUCUGAUUCUUCCAGCAGUUCUUCAGAUUCUGAAGAUGAGGAUAAGAAACAAGGGAAAAGGAAGAAGAAAAAGAAGUACCAUUUACAUAAAUCUUCUGAAAGCUCAAUGUCGGAAACAGAAUCAGAUAGUAAGGAUAGUUUAAAGAAGAAAAAGAAGUCAAAGGAUGCAACUGAGAAGGAAAAGGAUGUUAAAAGGCUCAGCAAAAAAAGGAAAAUGGAUCCUGAAGAUAAACCUUUAUCAUCUGAGUCCUUGUCCGAAUUAGAAUAUAUUGAGGAGGUACGAGCAAAAAAGAAGAAAAGCAGUGAAGAGCAAGAAAAAGCAACAGAAAAAAUAAAAAAGAAAAAGAAGCAUAAGAAACACAGUAAGAAGAAGAAAAAGAAGGCUGCUAGUUCAAGUCCUGACUGACCAUAACAUUAAGAAAAAUCAGGAUCCCCCUUUAAAGAAAGUGCAAUGUCUAUGGAAAUUUCAACUGUGAAAAUUAUGGCAUAUUUACUAACAUGCAUGAAUUUUAUUGUUUUUACAACUAUCCCUGGACUAUUCAGUAGCCACUCAGAUGCCUCUGUUUGCAAAGACAGUUAUUGUGGCCUGCUGCUUGACCAUUAUUUUUUCUCUUCCAGUGCUUGAUAACUCUGGAAGACUGUACACUGCAGUCGUACUAGUGGUUAAGCUAUUUGGGAAUAAAGUUUAUAAUUUUUGACUAGAAGGAUCUAAUGAUAAAAUAAACAGAAAUUGAAUCUGGAAACAUCUUUAAUAUUUUAAUCAGAAAUGACCAGCUGACUCUAGUUAAAAUUUUUAAAGUAGGGAUUACAUUGAUAUUUCAACAUCCUUGUUCUGUAGAUAAGCUUAUGUUAAUUUUUUCCCCUUCUUUACUUUUUGUUUAACCUGGGAAGGAGCUUUUGGUGGGGUGGGGUUUGCUAUCUCUUUAGCUAGCAGAGCAGUGUGCCUUUGAUGCUCAUACAUCCUAUUUUUAUGUACAGAGAAGCCAUGUUUCAUGGGGAGGUCAGAGCCGGGUCCCAGCUGUCUUGCCCUUGCUGAGUUUAGUGAUAUCCCUGGACUCUGUCAUAUGUUGCUUUGAGUGAACCAGAGAAACAGCCCUUUGCAGCAUGAGAAAUCCCCCAAAGCUCUGAGAUUUACCUCCACUUCAAUAAUACUGAAUGUUUUUUAGCAUUAGAAUGUGUAUGUCAUUUGAAUUAAUUUUGAUUACACUUUGGCUUUGAAGAAGAAUUAUUUCAAAUAGACAGUGGUAUUUUUUGAACUUGAUAGCUACAGAUUCUAAAAUGCAUGUUUUAUAUUGUUUCAUUUUAACCAGGCAGGAAAAUUUUAUGUUACCAGUUAUAGUUUAUUUUUUGUAUGAAUUUUGUUUAAGCUACAAUGUUUAGGUUUUGAUAACUCCUUACUCUUGCUAUCUUAAGUUUAUUAUUAUGUUUAAUGGUAUACUUGCCAAGAUAUUUAGCAUGUAAAAAGCAGGGUUUUGACUUUUUAACAAAAAAUCAAAACAGCUUCAUAUUGAAGCUGAGAUUUACCAUAAACAAGUUGAGUGGCAAGCCUGGUGUGCUGUGUCUUGUUACAUUUAACUGUUGCCAGGAUUUUUGUAAAUAUAAUGUUUUAAAUGCUUGUUGUCUUCGUAUAUUAAUAACAAGUGAUGGCAAGUUAAAUUUAAGUGAAAAUUACGUUAUUGCUCUUCCUGUGUUAUAUUUCACUGAGAUUUUGUGCCUCAGAUCUGCUGAACUGUUUACUAGGAGUGUUAAAAGGAAUUGAUAUAUCAUUUUCAUUUUACAUUUUUAUAUAAUCAGGUAAGAUGAAAUAUAAUUUGAUGUACAAUUUUGCCUGGUACAGAGGGUUUGCUAGUUAUAGUGGUAUAUGCACAGAACAUUAUGGCAUAACAAGAGGCUGAAUAGCUAUUUUACCUUAAAAUAGCUGUAUUCUUAUCUGCUCCCUGUGGGUUGUAAGUGAAGUUAUAGAGAUAAACAUUACUAGGGUUGUUUUUUAGUUUGUUUGUUUGUUUGUUUUUUAAAAAAGAUAACCAGUAAUGGGAUCUUAAACCUUGACUUGGUUUUGUCACCACCAUGCUCUCCCAAGUGAGCUAACCGGCCAUCCCUAUGUAGGGAUCCGAACCC